AUGAAUUCCGAGUCCGACAGUGAAUCUCUUGACUCCGAAGUCGGUGAAGAACAAAGUGGCAAUUUGCGCUUUAUAGAGGCUUUAUCUAAUCACAAAGUAUUAUUUGAUAAAUCGCAGUUGCCAUUAAUAAGAAAAAAGAAGGAAAAUUCCUUAACUAAAAUGCAGGAAUCAUAUCAAACAAUUUAUGGCAAAAGUAUUACUAUGAAACAGCUGAAAAAAAAGAUUCAAAAUAUGAAAAACGAAUUGAAGAAGAAAACAGAUAUGAAAGCAACUGGAAAUAAAAAAAUUAUUUUGAAAGAUUGGGAAAAAAAAUUGCUGGACAUUAUUGAUAAAGAUGACAAAAACCCAACAUUGCAUAAAAUUCCUGGAGCGGCGACAACGGGCUUGAAGCCAUUGGAAAAUAUAGAAAUGCAAAAACCAGCGGAAAUAAGGCACGUUUUAGUCAGACCUCCUCCUUCCUCUAAUAUUACACCAUCAAAACCAAAAAAAAAUAAGCUGGAAGGGAAAGAAACAGAUGAGACUGCAAACUUAUGCACCGCAGAUCUACAAAGAUUGGUUCUUCUUGAGCAAUUAAAACUCACGCGCAUGCAGAUCGAGCGAGAACAACUUUUAUUGGACAAGCUACGUCCAAGUCUAUCCGGAACCCAAGUUCUCGAAAGCCAAGAUCCUGGAAGCCAAGGGCCUGGAAGCCAAGAUCCCGAAACUUCAACGUACAGUUUAGCUUUAGAUAAAAUAUAUACAAUGUUAUAA